AUGGAAGACCUGCGUAGUUCUAAUGAAAAUGAAGCGGAAGCCAAGAAACGCUGGCAGAAGGCAGAUGCAGUUUGUUUCGAUGUCGACUCUACCUUGUAUACUAAUGAAAUGCUCGAUGAAUUCGCAAAAUACCUUCAUUGCUAUGAAGUUGCAAAAUUCACCGAAGAAACAAUGAAUGGUAAGAUUUCAUUUCGUGAAUCUUUAAAGAUUCGUUUAAAUAUUCUUAAACCAACGCGGAAACAGUUGGAAGAUUUCAUUCAAAAAAGAAAAUUAAGAUUGACAUCUGGCAGUGAAGCUUUAGUUGCUGAAUUGCAUCAUCGUCUUAUUCCCGUUUAUUUGAUCAGUGGUGGCUUUUUUCCAAUGAUUCUUCCGGUAGCAAAGGUUCUUAAAAUUCCUGACACAAAUAUUUAUGCAAAUGAGAUAUUCUUCGAUGAAAAUGGAUUUUUCAUUGGCUUUGAUGAAACAAGAAUAACCAGUGACUCAAAUUCUGAAAAUUUCGGUAAAGCAGCAGUCUGUAAAAAGUUAAAGGACGAGAAAGGGUACCGAAAUUUAGUAAUGAUUGGUGAUGGUGUUACCGAUCUGGAAGCAUCCGCACAAGCGGACCUAUUCAUUGGCUUUGGUGGGAACCGAUGUCGUGAAGUGGUGAAAAGAAAAGCGGCAUGAAUUCCAUUGCAUAGUCUAUUGUUUAACAAUCAUAACGUUAGAGAAUUGGCACUUAGUUUAAAUUUAUUAGAGUCUGAAGAUUUUCGUCCAACGUAA